CUUGGACAGAGGGGUGGCGGUGGACAUGGGUAUACAUGGACAGAGGGGUGGUGGUGGACGUGGUUAUACUUGGACAGAGGGGUGGCUGUGGACGCGGUAUACUGGGACAGAGGGGUGGCUGUGGACAUGGUAUACUUGGACAGAGGGGUGGCGGUGGACGUGGUAUACUUGGACAGAGGGGUGGCGGUGGACAUGGUAUUCUUGGGACAGAGGGGGGUAGCUGUGGACGCGGUGUAUACUGGGAUAGAGGGGUGGGGGUGUGGAACGUGGUAUACUUGGACAGAGGGGUGGCUGUGGGCAUAUUAUACUUGGACAGAGGGGUGGCUGUGGACAUGGUAUACUUGGACAGAGGGGUGGCUGUGGACGCGGUAUACUGGGACAGAGGCGUGGGGGGUGGACGUGGUAUACUUGGACAUAGGGGUGGCUUAGUGGACAUGGUAUACUUGGACAGAGGGGUGGCUGUGGACAUGGUAUACUUGGACAGAGGGGUGGCUGUGGACAUUGGUUAUACUUGGACAGAGGGGUGGCUGUGGGACGCGGUAUAUGGGGACAGAGGCGUGGGGGUGGACGUGGUAUACUUGGACAUAGGGGUGGCAGUGGGUGCGUGGUAUACUGGACAGAGGGGUGGUGGUGGACGUGGUACACUUGGACUGAGAGGGGGUGGCGGUGGAUGUGGUAUACUUGGACAUAGGGGUGGUUGUGGACGUGGUACACUUGGAAUCAGUGGGGUGGCGGUGGACGUGGUAUACUUGGACAGAAGGGUGGCAAUAGACGUAGUAUACUUGGAUAGCGCAGGGUGGCGGUGGAUGCAGCAGUAUUCG